AUGGCAUCGUUUCCCAAUUUCCUACCGCCCCUUGUCUUGCUAGCCACCCUUUUAUCUACACAUGCACUGUGCUACAUCAAUCCAUCCAUCGCAAGGCCUCAACAGAAUGUCGCAGAACCCUCUGCCUAUCGCACUUACAUCGUGCUUGUCGAGCCACCACGCUCGGAUGCCGGGGAAGACGCUCACCGUAGGUGGCACGAGUCUUUCUUGCCAAGCUUGCAUGCCGGUGAAUCCAUCGAGUCCCGGCUUCUCCACUCCUACACCGAAGUGUUCAGUGGCUUCACCGCGAGGCUCACUAAGGCUGAGCUAGAUUCAAUGGCCAAGAAGUCAGGGUUCCUGCGUGCGUUCCCAGAUCGAAAGCUGCAACUCAUGACCACGCACACCCCGGCAUUCCUCGGGCUCAGGAACGACACUGGGUUCUGGAGCGAAGCUCGUUACGGGAAGGGAGUCAUCGUCGGGUUGCUCGACACUGGCAUCCAUGCGGCACACCCUUCCUUUGACGACCAUGGAAUCCCGCCACCCCCUCCAAGGUGGAAGGGCUCGUGCAAGGCGGCCCGCUGCAACAACAAGCUCAUCGGUGCCAAGUCAUUUGUCGGAGAUGACUCUGGCGAUGAGGUGGGACAUGGAACACACACCUCAUCCACGGCCGCCGGGAACUUUGUCCCUGGCGCAUACCAUGGCAUUGGCACGGGUACAGCAGCUGGAAUAGCUCCUGGCGCCCAUGUCGCCAUGUACAAGGUAUGCGCCGACAAUGAGUGUGAUGAAUCUGCCAUACUAGCUGGGUUGGAUGCGGCCACCAAGGAUGGGGUGGAUGUGCUCUCGAUUUCCCUCGGUGAAAACACAGGCACAAGAUUUGAUCAGGACCCCAUGGCCAUCGGCGCUUUUGGCGCCGUAUCCAAGGGCGUCGUCGUUGUGUGCGCGGCCGGGAAUAGCGGUCCCACGCCAGCCUCGAUCACAAACGACGCCCCAUGGCUGCUCACUGUCGCUGCUGGCACAGUGGACAGGAGCUUUGCAGCCGAGGUGCGUCUCGGCAAUGGCAAGAGCAUCCAUGGGGAAGCGCUUACCCAGGAAGCAAAGCCGAGGUCAAAGUUGUACCCUCUCCUCUUCUCCGAGGCGCGUCGGUACUGUGAAUACGACGAUGAAAAUUCCAUUGCCGGUAAGAUCAUUGUUUGUGAGGCCACGGUGCCGGAAUUUCAGAUGCCUCAAGUCAGCAGGUUAAUCGGCGCCGGCGCAGCUGGCGUGGUGUUGUUCAACGACGACAUCAGUGGCUACACCACACUUCUUCGGGAUUACAACUCCACCGUGGUGCAGGUAACCGCGGCCGAUGGCGCCAUCCUCACAUCUUAUGCCGCAUCAUCAGAGACAAGAUCUCUGGCUGCAUUCAACUACAACAACACAUUGCUUGGCAUCCGCCCAGCCCCCGUCGUGUCAUGGUUCUCUUCGCGGGGUCCAAGCUUCAAUAUUCAUGGCGUUCUCAAGCCGGACAUAUUAGCGCCAGGGCUCAACAUCCUAGCCGCAUGGCCACCAAAGACGGACUCUGCGUCAGGGCCUUUCAAUAUCAUAUCUGGCACAUCCAUGGCCACGCCGCACAUCAGCGGAGUUGCAGCUCUUCUCAAGAGCAUUCAUCCCAGCUGGUCACCAGCCGCCAUCAAGUCCGCCAUCUUGACAACAUCGGACAUGGUCAAUAGUACCGGUGGCUCCAUCUUGGAUCAGCAUCACACCAAAGCUAGUGUGUAUGACACAGGUGCAGGCCAUGUGAAUGUCACAAGAGCCGCAGACCCUGGUCUGGUGUAUGACCUUGACAUCACUGACUAUGCGGGUUAUAUUUGCUGGCUCCUUGGCAAGGAUGGCUUGGCAACCAUCGUGCGCAACUCAAGCCUGACUUGCACGAAGCUACCGAAGAUCGAGGAUGUGCAUCUCAACUACCCGACCAUUACUGUGCCAAUGACAUCAACGCCUUUCACCGUGAACCGGACUGUGACGAAUGUUGGGCCAGCAAAAUCGACAUACACGGCAAAGGUGGAUGCACCCAAGUCACUGGUGGUGCGCGUCUUUCCGGAGACACUCACGUUCUCCAAGCCCGGAGAGAAGAAAACAUUUAGUGUGACAGUGAGCAGCCGCAUAGGUAAAGAACUAUUCUUCGAGGGAAGCCUAAGAUGGGUGUCGGAGAGGCAUGUCGUGCGGAGCCCCAUUGUCGUAGCCGCUGCAGCGGCAGGUCGUUCUUUAGUAAAAAAUAUCACAUAA